AUGUUUGGGGCUGGCCGGUUUGAGCGGCUUGCGCAGGCAACAAGUACCGUCAGAGAGCACUCGGGGACUCAGUUGACAGGAGGGACGGUUAUGAAUUUUGCUGGCGAGAUUGAUGUCAACUGCCUCAAGCUGCAAACUCCCUUUUAUGACCGCAUCGGUCUCUAUCUGCAUCCAUAUGCGAGUUUGAUCAACCACAGCUGCGAUUACAACUCCGCUAUCGGGUUUGACACCCAGGAACUCUAUGUGAAGGCCACCCGGCCAAUCAAAAAGGGCCAGCAAAUUUUCAUCUCCUACAUCGACGCCACAACGCCACGUUACGUCCGACGCAAAGAACUGAAAGAACUCUACUUCUUUGACUGUCACUGCCGAAAGUGCAUCCAGGGAGUUGACACUCUCGAGGAUCGAUUUUUGUCCCCGCCGAGUGACAAGGCAACCAUCAUUACAGCAAGUCAGGAAGCCCUAGAACUCAGGCGGAUUACCCUUGCACCCGGCACCAACCCAGCAGACAGAAUCCAAAAAUUAGAAGCCGCCAUGCGCAGACUCCGCGCGACUGGUGUAUGGCCUCUCACCCGGCAGCCAUAUCCCUCUUUGCGUGACGACCUUAUCGUCCACGCACGGGAAGGUAACAGAUUAUACCUGGCAUUCAUUCACGCUGCUAUCCGGGUUGUGCGGAUCGAUCCUCAGAUGUACGAGAGGACUGAUCCCAUCCGGCUGCUGCAUAUAUGGACCUUGGCUGAAAUAAUAAGGAAGUUUUCAGAGCAUGUGGAGAGCACCCUAUCGGAUCCUAAAGACCCUGUCCGGGUGCGUGACUGGGAUAUCAACUUCUCCCUCAUCAUGUGGGAAAUACUGGCUAAUAUCAUCGGCGUUGAGUCGAUGAGCCCCACUGUGCCAACUUUCAGGAGGGUUGUUGAACUCCAUCUUGCUGUUCAUCAUGAUGCGUACAAGGCCAACGGUUUUGAUCUCACCGAGAAUAGACCUAUUCUCGCCUUUGAGUGGAGCAAGCUUGAGGGUCUUGUCGACAAGGCUCUGGAAAAAGAGUAA